GCUAAUUAUAAGACCGGCGGUUGGUCCCGUUCAUGAAUAAUGUGAAACAUGCAGCUACAUAAACUUUGAAAGAUCAAUAGACCAGCGAAGAGUAUCGAUCAUGAGCGAGAAACCAGUUCUACUUUUUGUUCAUGGAGCAUGGCAUCCCCCGAAAUGCUACGACGCCAUCAAAACCGCCCUCACCAACCUCGGCUACGAAUGCGUCAUCCCCAAGCUUCCCUCUGUAGGCUCUGAAAGUCACGGCGUUACGUGGGAAGCGGACAAAGCCAAGAUCAUCGAGACAGCAGAGCCAUUCUUCAACCAAGGUCGACAAGUCGUUCUCAUCGCUCAUUCUUACGGCGGCAUCCCCGCGACUGCCGCGACGCAAGAUCAGGGAACGGAAGAGCGUGCGAAACGCGGCUUGAAUGGUGGAUUCCACUCGAUUAUUUUCUUAGCUGCGUUUGCUAUCCCGGUCAAGGGCUGGGAUCUCAUCACGACUUUUGGUGGGGCUUAUCCUCCAUGGUUGCUGGCUGGCGAGAAAUAUACAAAGAAUCAAAUUACUAGGAUGGCGGAGGGAGCGAGGGAAAGUGUGUACAGUGGUUGUACCGAAGAAGCGAUAGAUAAGGCUUUGGAGUCUACGGAACCGCAUUCUCAGGAUGCGUUUGAGACGAGUCUGGAUUUCAUCGCAUCGGAUAUCACUAUUCCGAAGACAUAUAUCAUUUGCGAAAAUGAUCAGCUUAUCCUGUUGCCUCUUCAAGAAAAGCUUGUUGAGUCAACGCCUGGGAUGAGAUCUGCAAGGCUGGCGGCGGGUCAUAGUCCGUUCGUGGAGAAGACGGAGGAAACAGCAGAACUAAUUGUGAACAUCAUCGAGGAAGAAGUUUAGAUAGAUUAGACUAGCAUGAGUCAUGAAAUAGAAACGAGACUAUCGGUCCUACUUGAUAGGAUUGAGCUCGUCCUUGCAGGGCUGUAGUGCCUGACAUAUCGGCCAACAUCCGUGCGGCUCCGCAGAUUUAGCCCGCGAUCCAUCCAUCGGUCCCGCAGAUAGGUUCCGCAGCCAUGAUUCAUGAACCCUGAACCCAAUUAGGAGAAACAAUGGUCUUUAAUUUUCCUGGCACUUGCAUUGUCUAAUUAUUCCCCGUCGCAGCGCCCCAGAUCCAAGCUGCCCAGCUUCCCAACACAUACACGAACAGCGCAGCGAAACAAACCUUGCUAAUCAUCCUAGCCUUCUUGCCAGUGGGUCCCUGGCUCUUUGCCUUGCGGUCAUUGAUCAUAUCUCCGCGCAGGAUCCGCUGCUUUCGUGAGAAUUGCAGGAUUUGUAGGUCAGGAGCCCAGAAGGUGCCGAUCAGCAUUGCUAAAGAUACAACGGUAGAGGCGGUAGCGAGGAAGACAUAGACAAUGGUAACUCGAUCGUAAGAACCAUCGUCGGCAUCUUGGAUGACGCCGGUGAUGAUGCGGAUGAUGAUAUUAGUC